AUGACGCCUGCCGAUGAAGCGCUUCACUUUCGUGGAAAGACUUUGACUCCGGAAAGCCCUCGACCGCUGCAUAUCCCGGAGCCAGCCAACAUUCCCGUACUGGAGAAUCAAAUGGACCCCGUCUUCAACGAUACUUCAACCUACGAACGUUCGGUGUAUAACCAGGGACAGAUACAUGAUGGGUGGCACGAGAAUCUAAAUGGAGGAGGACCGCGUCAGAACCAGGACGCAGGUAGUUAUCAUGGGCAAGAUCGUGCGACGCAGAAUGAUAUGACUAUUGCUGCGACAUACUACCCUCCUACUUCUGGAACCGAGGGCUCUGGCAAUGCAGGAUACUCUCUCUCUGAUCCUUCUUACGCCCAUGUGGUGCCGGUUGCUCCGGUAUCCCAAGGCUUCGCCACCGGCGAAGUAGACAGUACCACCCAGCUGCCGAAUCGCCUAGAUGCCGAGAAGGAAGACGAAGGCCCUAAUACGGGAGUCAAUUUCCAGAAUCUCCUCGACAAUCUCUCCAAGCCCAACUCCGGUGCAGCCGCCCCCAGCACCGGGGCCCUGCCUCUAGCUGAAAACUCGUCUUUCCAUCAAGCACCCACGGACGAACCCCUCCUAACCCAGGGCAUCCCUGCCCAAACUACCCAUUACCCUGUCCCAAAUCCUCAGUUUGCCCCCAAUGGUGAGGUGAACCCCGACCCGCCUGCCCAUGAGGCCAAUGCAGCGCCCGCCUAUCCAGCCCAACCCAGUAACCCUCCCCAGAACCAGUCCCAGCCCUACUCUAUUGCCCCUGGCACGGCCUCGUCCGUCAAAAAUUUGCCUCCACCCCCUAUUGCCAGCUUCCAGACUCCCUCUACCGUGCCAGAGUCGCAGGGAUCCUCGCAAGACCCUGCGCUGGCCCCGAAGAAAGGCCGCGUUGAUAAGCAGGGUCGGCCAAUCAAAGGCAUCGAUGAUGAUGCCCCUUGGGGCCCCGAGGUCCAAAAGAAAUACGACGAGUUCCUACACGAUGAGCGUAUUUACGUGACGGAAGGUCUCUGGGACCGGUUUCCCAUGGGAUCGAGGUUGUUUGUUGGCAACCUUCCUACCGAGCGAGUCACCAAGCGGGAUAUGUUCCAUAUCUUCCAUAAAUACGGCAAACUGGCACAGAUAUCGAUCAAACAGGCUUAUGGAUUUAUACAAUUUUUGGAGGCUCCCUCUUGCCAUGCGGCGCUUGAAGUCGAGCAAGGGGCGAUCGUGCGGGGCCGAAAGAUACAUCUCGAAAUCUCCAAGCCUCAAAGAUCUACUCGUCCUGCUCCAGUGCCAGAGUCUUCCCGAGCACCGCCGGCGCGUCGCUCGCGGUCACCGGAGUUCAGCCGUGCUCCCGCACGACCUACCAAUCGGGUCCCUGGCGAUCGAUACGACCGGCCCUAUGAGCCAAGUCGAUUGCCUUUCAGCGAUUUCCGGGAUGAGCCCUCUCACCGCCGGCGCGAUGAUCGUCGUCCGCCGCGAUCACCCUCCCCUAGGCCUUUCCGGACUAGAGAUGGAUAUCGGUCGCGAGAUAGAACCCCAGAAAGGUUUGAGCGACGAAGACGUUCUCGAUCUCCACGUUCCCCUCGGUCUCCCUAUUCCAGAGAUCGGCGCUAUCGCAGUCUGAGCCCUAGGGCGCGUGGUAUCUAUGAAGGCGAAGCAGAUUUGCCUGUGCCUCGACGAGUUCCUCGUGAUGUACCAGAAGUGCAGAUCCUCGUGCUUGAAGAACUCGACAGAAACUUUGUUCUUCAUGUCGAAAAUGCCUUCCGCAAUCGUGGGUUACGAGUAGACGUACUGGUUCUCGGUCCUCGGAUUCCCCUUGGCGCAGCAGUUCAUCGCCAGUUCAUCGAAGGUGUUCUUGCAGUUGUUCGCCUUUCGCGUCCCAAUCAAAUCUCCAGGAAGAUUCCUCUGCAGUUGUUUGAUCGGACCGCCGGGUUGGACAACGUUCGAUUCCUCGAUUAUCCCGAGCUGGAACCUAAUUUGUCCGCUGAACUUCUGAGCCAUCAGGCUCAAGCCAUGCAACGAGGAGCUGCACCGGCCGCAUUUGCACCAAAUCCCGCCUUUGGUAUCCCCGCAGUGCCGCCCAUGGCAAUUCCUCAGCCAGGUCUACCUGCGCUCUCUAACCCUCCCAACAUUGCAAACCUCAUUGGCUCUCUGGAUGGCCCUAGCCUUUCGUCUCUCUUGUCGGCACUCCAGCGACCUUCACCUUCGCAGCCUGUGUCUGCUACUCAGUCACCAUUUGCCUCUCCCAACCCACCCCCUCCAGCUGAUCUCGCCAGUCUCCUGACCAAUGCGAGUCGCCCUCCACCUGUUUCUACCAACCCACAGCAACUACUUCCUCCAUUUAAUCUUCAGCCUCCGAACGCGCCUGUUGUCACGGAUCCCAACCUACUUUCUCUCCUAGCCAAGGGUUUGGGCGGACAACAGCCGCAGGGCCAGGGUCCCUCUAGUCCCCAGAUCCAGAACCUGAUGCACCAUCUGACAAAAUGGAAGCAAUGA